UUCCAAAAAUAACCUCUCUCUAAACCCUCCCGUCGCAAUUUCUCAACCGCCUUACUCCACCACCGCCGUCAUUCACCGGCAAUUUUCUCUAAAACCCAUAAACCCCCAACACCCCUUCAUUCUUAUUUAUUAUUAUUAUUAUUAAUAUUAUUACUAGUAUUAUUUUUAUUAUCUGAGAAUUUGAGUGAGAUAAUGGAAGUUGAUAGAGCUGAUCGGCGGACGUCUAAUCAAAGAAGACCGGUGGGCUGUACACGUGGCAUACUUAACCGUGCUCAUGGCUCUGCUAGUUGGGCUCAAGGUGAAACGAAGGUCAUUGCCGCGGUGUAUGGACCGAAAGCUGGAACUAAGAAGAAUGAAAAUCCUGAGAAGGCUUGCAUUGAAGUAAUUUGGAAGCCAAAAACCGGGCAAAGUGGGAAAUCUGAGAGGGAGUAUGAGAUGGUACUUAAGAAAACCUUGCUAAGCAUCUGCCUUUUAAAUGUUCAUCCUAAUACAACAACAUCAGUCGUAAUUCAGGUUGUGCAUGAUGAUGGAGCUCUUCUUCCUUGUGCAAUAAAUGCAGCUUGUGCUGCUCUUGUAGAUGCCGGAUUUCCGUUAAAGCAUCUUGCUGUUGCAAUAUGUUGCUGUAUAGCUGAAAAUGGACAUAUUUUACUAGACCCAAGUAAGAUAGAGGAACAGAAAAUGAAGGCAUUUGUAUAUUUGGUUUUCCCAAACUCGGUAGUUUCUGUACUUCCGGAAGGGUCAUCAAAACCAUCAGGUGAGGUAAUGGAGCAUGGGAUUAUCACAUCAGUCACUCAUGGUGUAAUGGCAGUGGAUGAUUACUUCAGCUGUUUAAAGCUGGGACGUGCCGCUGCAGCUGAGUUGUCUGAUUUUCUCAGAAACAGCUUUAAGUCUAAAGGUGGGAAUGAUCCAUCUAAAGCCGGUUGAUCUGAAAAAUUAUUAAGAUCGUUCAAACAUCUGGAGUAAAUGAUGCCUGGAAGGCCUACAAUCUGAUUUUCAUUCUGAAUUGCCAAGAGUGGACUACGAGUUGAAGCAAUACAAUAGAGUGGCAACGAUUGUAUAUUUCAGGUUAUCACUACUUUAUUGUUAUCAUUGUUGAAUGUAUACUAUCUGUACGGCUUUAGUUAUGAAUAUUGACCUGAUCUAUUUAGUGCAUUCUUUGUUCACUUUUUUACA